CUUCGAUUGCCUUCAUCUCCUCUUCUUUCCCUCCUCCAUCCCAUUGUCAGCUCAUCGAUAACGAUGUCGCGCACGCGCCUGUAUCUGAAGAAUCUGCCCACCGAUCUUACGGAGGCUGAGGUCAGAAAGUAUCUGGAUGGCUUCGGCCCUAUAGUCUCCCUCAAGAUCGGUCAUGAUCGGUCCUACGCUUUCGUACAAUAUCUACAGGAAGAGGAUGCGCAAGGCCUUUGUCGUACUGCGAAACACCAUCGUCUUAUGGGUGCUGACGUUGCUGUGGAAUACGCGGUCAGUCGACCUCGGGAACGAUUCCCGGUCUUCGUCGAUAAUGUACCAAAAGAGCUUUGCUGGCAGCAAUUGAAGGACUUCGGACGCCUGGCUGGUGGCUUGGUAGCCUUUUGCGACAUCGAUCGUCUGAAUCGCACGCGAGGUUUUCUCGAAUACUGGAGCAUGGCCGAGGCUCUCGAUGCCAUCUCGAAAUUGGACGGCCAAGAGCUCGGGGGUCAGCCGGUUCAAUUGUCUGCAAAUUUUGAUAUGCCACCACCCAAGAAACGUCGCACACGGUCAUCCCGCUCAUCGCACGAACGCUCGCAUCUUUCUUCGCGCUCAAGCAAAAGAGGGUCCCCGUACCCCGCUCUGCACCACAAGGAAAUGUAUCAUUUGGGUGUAGAUGACCAUUAUCGGCAGGCCAGAUCACGACGUGUGAGCCGUCGCUCGAUGUCUCCUCGGUCGCGGCGUCGGGACUCGACCUGUACAAUCGAGUCAGAGUAUGGCCAUGAACUCUCGGGCCUCCAGCAGCACCCCACUUCAUCCUAUCCCAUCCCAGCGCAUGGCCCAGUCCGACAUUCGACGUCGUACUACAGCCUGCGCCACUACUCGGUCUCUCCUCCUUCAACGGCGCUGCCAUGGGGCUACAGCGCGAUUGGCACUCGCCCGCUUGGCCGUGACCACGAUUCGGCUGUGGCCUACGACAGGCCAGGCUUCGAGGACGUCGCCGCCGAUCCUUACGACGACAGGGCCUACCUCCAUCGGGGCGUCCAUGGAGGCCGUCCUACCUCUGACGAGGACCGCGGAUAUGUCGACCCGUAUGCAUACGAGCACCGUCUCGCACCUUCUUGGGAAGACUACCACCAUCCGCACGCUCGCAUCAACUAGAUUUUCUAUUCCUCGCACGCAUUUCUCACCAAAGCAUAACGCUUCUUCUGCACUGACCUCGUACAUCGGAAUCACUCAUAGCUCUGUUUAUUGCACUUACAACUGGUUUCCUCGUCACUUCGCAUAUCGUUACGCAUUCGCGUUCUCGCAUACUCAUACAUCGCUCACCCUUCGCUUCACCAUGGUGCCUUGCUCUCUCAAGCUUCCCCAGUUCCAUGUGUCCCUCGCUCUCAACAUGCACGCUACCUACAUCGUCAACCUUCAUACCGAGCUCAUCGUUUCGAUCAGAACUUGUAAUUCUGUACUUACCGCUGCUCUUCCCUCUGUAACACUCACUCAUACCUCUGUAUCAGCUACGUCGUCUCACAUACGAGCACCAUUACUUCCGUCUGUACCUCUCAUGUCGCAUAACCGCACCGCAUCCUGCUUUUGAUGUCCUACACCCAUGUUGUGGGUCCUCGGCUC